UUUUUUACACUGAUUGCUUUUUACACCCAUAAAGGCUGUAAAAGCAAUAAUUUCUCCUUUUCUCUGGCUGCAUUCUUGCAGCCAUUGAGAAAUACUGUGAGAACUUUGAUUGGUCACAGCUUGUCACAAUGAUACAAGGCUGUUGUGAAUAGCCUUGUACCAUGUGACCUUUGUGAUUAUUCACAGAUUUCACAAGUAGUAGUACUAGAAGUGACAUCUUGCUUACUACUAUUCAUGUGAUCACUGAUUGGCCAAUAAGUGAUCACAUGAUCGGGACCUCACACACAGAUC